UCACUCAGUUCAACGAAGUACGCCGAAGGUGAAAAGUCUCUUUCUUCUUCGCGUUGAUCACCUUGCCCGUUACUUUGUACAGUGCCGCACGGAUAUAUAGCGAGUCGAGUGUGCCGAGUGGUGAUCCCCAUCGAAAUUCGCGGGGAUCUUGCUAAAUGUGAUCGACAUCGUCGCCAUCUUAGUCGUCGCUGACAACCAGUGCAUACGUAUAUUUACGAUAAAUUACGUGUUUUGCCUAACGUUUGGACGCGAUUGUUCGUGCGUCGGUUGCAUCUAUGUGUCCCUGUAGUAAGGCACUGCUGUUGCCUUGCGCUGACACACCAUAGCCACCGCGAUUCCUCACGAUUUCAACCUACUAUGUUGGAAUUCUCUGUGCAGCAUGCUGAAGUCGCUCUCUCCACGGCCACCGAGGAUGUGGGAGAUGGAAUUCAAGGGCACGAUAACGACACCGACUCCUUGCGAUUCUUGUCUCAUCUUGAUCCUCCAGCCGACAGAGUAUACAUGAUAUGCGGGGUGCUGAUCGCGCUGUUGCUGGUGGGAGUAAUCAUUGCUCUCGUAGCUGUAACGAUCAGCAAAUUGCGGAAACGAGAGGAUCAUUCGAACGCCGUGCAUCCGGAGCCGGCUGUAGUCCAGACGGCAACGACGCCGCCGGUCUCGACGAUCGUUUCGUCCUCUUAUCCUGUCGAGGGUUGUUGCACGCAAACUUCCACGACUACGAUGUCAACGGAUCUUGGAAAUACAACGACCAUCGAACAGGAUACCGUUUACGCUUCGGCCAAUCCGACUGAUCAUAUUGUCUGGCAGUUUCCGCCUCCUUAUCCACCACCGACGCAGUAUGCGCUGUACAACGACCAGGAUACCCUUGUGCACGCAUUACCGUCGGAUAGGUCUGGAUUCGCGAAGGGCUUUCGUAAGAAUAUCGGGGGGCGCUGGCGCCGCUUGGUAAAAAGGAAGCCGGAGUCGGAGACUUGUGCCAUUCCUCCUGAACUAAAGGAUCAGCUAAAGACAAUCUAUGUAUAUUGACAUCCAGCGUCAUUGUAUAUAUCGUUGUCUGUAUCUGCGAACCUUCCACUUAGUAAUCGACGCUCUCCUGCUUGUAAGAUAGGGAUUGUAUAAAUAGAAAAAGAAGAAAACUUGUAUUUUAGCGUAAACGAAGGAGCGAUAGGGGUUCGAAUAAUGAGGUAGUUUCGUAUAAAAUAGAAAACAAAUUAUGAAAGAAAUUGAUAAGGUCCAUAUCUAUUUCGAGACAUAUCAAAAAGUGCCUAAAAAUAUUUUCUGUACGAAUUAAAAAUAACUCGAUACCCUGAUCUUCAAUAUUUUUGUGAUAACAUAUAGAGCCACUGUUAAGAUAAUUUUGUAUCAUACACACACAGACACACCGUGAACCAUGUAUAUCGAAAGCGUAAGCUGAUGAAUCGAAAAGAAAAUCUUCUUUGAAUAUGCGAAAGGUUAGGAGUUACUAGGCUUCGAUGCGCAGGGCAAUGGCGUCAAAAAAUCCUUAUGAGACUGAAACGUAACGAGUACGACAACACGAGUUACCUCGUAGCUUUUCUGUACGUUUUUACAUGAUUAAUGGUGAGAAAUCAUUUCGAAUCGCUAGUAUUAAUGUAUACCUGAGAAUAUACAACCGUAGGAGCUGCCUUCCUUAGGGUUUUUUCUCUUUUACAUCAUUUCCUUACUGGCAGCUUAGUUGUAUGUGUAAAUAGAUGUAUAAAGCAAUGAAAGUAUAUGAACUACUUAUAAUUAUUCUUAUGAUGGCCGACCGUUAAAGUAAAGUCCCGCUAUUCUUUUCAAAGAAAAACGCGGGAAAACGAUGCUGAUACGAAUACGCAUUCGCGAGCAGAAUCAUUUCCUUAAAUUUAAAAGUGGAAAUGAUGUAGUAUUUUGUAGAUACUUGUAACUUAGGCCAAUUUAAGAUUCUCGACAUCAUUCAACAGCUCAUAUUGAGCUCAUAAUUACGUACAUACUGAUAUGAUAUUUUAAUUUCAUUAUACUGAGCAAUACUUUUAUUUUCGGAACGUGGUGAUAAUUUGAUCGAAUUAAAUUGUUAAAAAUAAACUUAUUUAAUGAUCGAACUACGUUUUAUUUUAGUCAAAUUAUUUGUUUUUGUAUUAAACGUACAUUUUGUGCUUGUAAAUUUAUGCAAUUACGGUUAAAUUAAUAUUUAUAAGCAGAACAACGGUAAAAUGAAAGUAAUGAUAAUAAUGAACGCAGGGAAAAUUAUUUCAACAAAUUAUAGCAAUAUUUUAUUGUACGCUAAAAACUACAUCACCUUUUCUCGUAUAGCCCAACUUUUUACUUCUUUACUAGAAAUGUUGUAAAAUGUAAAUAUGUUAUGAUAUUGUUUGUUUAUCGCCAAUGUGAUGACACAAUAUUUUAACGGGAUAAGAAAAAAAAUAUUUUAAGAGUUAAUAAUGUGCCUACAACCGUGUAUAAUAAAAUAAUGUUUUUAUAGAUGAAAUAUUGAUGGAAGUUGGAGUCCAUCACCUAGUCACUUGAUAUUGUUCAAAACUUAAUAAUUUUCUGGCGCAGUUUGAAUUUUUCCUUAUAAGUAUCUGUCUGAACACAAUAUUAAAUAAAGCAUUCAAAGGAUGAA